AUGUCUGCUAUCACUUCUACUAUUAACGUUCGAGGAGAGUUAUCCGCACAUAACGAUAUCCCAUACACAAAUAAUAAUUUGCGUAUAUCACAAGAAAUUCGGGAUAUCGCUCAAAAACUCAUAAAAAAUAGAAAAGUAGGGAAGAGGCAGAGUGACGCAAAUAUAGUAGAUUUUUCUUCGAAAAAACCAU